CCUAUUUUAGAAACUGCACUUACAGAGCAAAUUGCUGAUAUUUUACCUAUGAAUUAUUUAUAUAUAAUUAAUGAAUUGCACAAACUUGAUCCAUUAAUCACAAAUGAGAAUAUUUUAAUAAACCAAAUAGUUGUUUUAUUUUUGGUUAAUAUUGAUUCUGCUGAAC